GGGGAUGUCCAGUAACCCUCACAGCUCACACAGACACUUGUGCUAAGGACAGUGAGGUGAGCAGACAGACAGUUGGAUCAUCAGUGAAACAGGACAGACAUCUGCCUUCCUCCAUCCUGCCUGAGUAUCACUGUCAGACCUGUAGCCCCGACAUCAGAUCUAGGCUGCCAGCUGAGGGCAUCGGGUGCCCGGUUGUUUCUGGAGCAGGUGUGGGACUAUCUAGAGCAAUAUGGGAAUGUUAAACUGUGACCCAGAAGAGGAAAAGCCUGCCCCUGGCCAGAAACACGUCCAUACCCCCUUCUCCAUCACAGACAUCCUGAAGCAUGCAAAGGUGCAGAAAGUCGAGGAAGGAACACAGGAGCCUGCUAUCAACAAGGAAGGACAUACAGGCAUAACAUUGUCAUCUGAGAGUAUGGUGUCUGAGCUAGAGGAUGGAGCAGGAAUCUCUCCAGGCCUACAAGCAAAUGAGCUUCCAGAGAAAGAGGAGAACCAACAAACCCAAAAUCUCCCAUCUGCCACCAACUGCAAGCCCCGUCGUGCCCGUACUGCCUUCACAUAUGAGCAGCUUGUGGCCCUUGAGAGCCGCUUCAGAAGUAACCGAUACCUGUCGGUGUGUGAGCGGCUGAGUCUAGCGCUAACCCUUCACCUUACAGAGACACAAGUAAAGAUCUGGUUCCAGAACCGCAGAACCAAAUGGAAAAAGCAACAGCCUGCAGGAAACUUGGAAGGGAGAGUAUGCAGCAUACAAAACUGUCCCAACAUCCCUGGUCCCCAUUUUAACCCAAACUACCCCUGUACUACACACAUACCCCAUAUUGGUGCUGGGACAAACUAUCUCUCUCAUUUCCCAGGUGUCUUUUUCUCUGCUCCUUCCACUUCCUUCGGACUAUCUCCUACAGGUGCCACCUAUCCCCAGUUUAUAAGUUCAUCCCAGUUCACAUACAAUUACAGCCCUGCUCUAUGACUGGACGUGGGUCCUACCACUGAUUUCUCUGAAUAACAAUAUCAUGGAUCUGCACUGAAUGAUGUGACUGAAUACAUAAUAAUCACAACGGAAACCCAUAUAAGCAGUAAAGGACAGAAAGGUCUUACAUGUUUAAAUUGUCUGCUUCUAAGACAGGAUCGUAUUUUCGGAGCUAGACCAAUGAAGCCAAGUGCCACCCCUAGCACAUGAUAUCCUGGGGAUGGCAUUUACAGUAUGUAUCAGUUAACAUUUUAAAAAGGGGUUGUCAGUAUAGCUCCUUGAGAUAAAACCAGGAGUGGCCAAAACCAUGGUUCUACAGCCUUUGUCUGGUCUCAUAGGGAAAUGCAGCCCUUGUGUUGUAGUUUAGUUUGCAACCCAUUCAUUCUUUUCCCAAGGCUUGGAUACCACUAUUAAAAUUGUAUGUUAAAGGAACAGUAACACAAACAAAAAGGGUUGUAAAGGAAUGACAAUAUAAUUUAUAAUAUAACAACAUAAUAUUGUUGCCCUGCAGUGGUAAAACUGGCGUGUUUGCUUCAU